AUGAAUUAUUUAGAAGUUAGAAAGGCAAAUUCUAAAUUAAUUGAUAAACCGUUUCAAGAAUAGAAUAAUAGAAACUUGAUUAUAACAGAAUAGAUCUAAUCGGUAACAAAUAUAACCUUAUUCGAAAUUUCAAAUUAUUAGAUCGAUUAUCAUAAUUUGGUUUCUUCUAUUCAAUUAAGAGGUGGUGGAUGCUUGAAAUCAACACCAACUCGUUCUGAUUUAAUUUCUAAUUUGCAAUAAAUUGAUAAUAGAUUUCUAACCUAAUUACCAACAUUUGCAAACGUAAUUUCUGAAAAAUCUUUAAGUUUUUAAGAUAAAUUGUAUCAGGAUGAAGUACUUCUUGCAUUUUAGUGGUUUUAAAACAAUAAAGAAUAAUUUUAUAUUCUUUGUAAUAAUUAAUCUGAAAAUACAAAAAACUAUUAAUUGAUCGAAAAAAUAACAGAAUAAUUAAUGAGAUCAUUAACAAUUUAUAUCAAGUUGUCAGGCUUUCUUUUUAAAUAGUUAUUAUAAAUUUGUAAUGACUUCUGGAGAAUAAUAUUUUCUCAUUAAUUACAGAAUGAAGAUAGAUACAUGUAGGAUGAAAUUUAAAAGAAUUUUUUAGAAAUUAUUGAAGAGGUUGACUCUCAAAUGUAAGUAGAAGCAGUUAAUAUUUGGAUGAACGGAGCUAAGUUUGAGCUUUAAUUGAUAAAAAUUUGCGUAUCUCAUUGUAGGACUAAUUCCCAAAAAGGAUAGGAAUUAGUUAUAUCUAUUGUUAGUGGACUAUUUUCAUCGAUAUCUUAACUAAGACCUAGUGAAGAGCUAAUAGAUUCGUUAAUUGAAGGAGGAAAAUUUCUGCUCUUGAAUUUCUACCAUAAGUGA